UUGACGAACUGUUCUAGCACUAGGACACCGAAAGUAUGGUGAAUAAAGUGAUAUUGACAGCGCUGCUGGCCGUGGCCGCGGUGGCUCUUACCGAGGCGAAACCAUUCAAGAUCGCUCCCAUCGUUCAGCGGAUGCUGGAUGCAUUCCCGGUCCCGAAGGUUCCGGAAGGAUACGUGUCUACAAACCCUCGCACGAUUGGGUAUGAGUUCCUCACCCGAAUUGAUCAUUUCGAUGCCCAAAACCGAGCCAAGUUCAAAUUUGAAUACUUUUCCAACGAUGAGUACUAUCAACCCGGUGGACCGAUUUUCAUCUUCCUCGGAGGAAACUGGCCCCUGAUGCAGUAUUACAUCGAGCAUGGCCACUUUCACGAUAUAGCCAAAUACGAAAAUGCCUGGCUUUUCACCAACGAACAUCGGUAUUACGGCGGCAGUGUUCCGACAGAAGAUCUUUCAGUAGAAAAUCUACGUUUCCUGUCGGUUGAGCAGGCUAUGGUGGAUGUAGCGGAAUGGAUCUGGCAUCUACGGCACAACGUAGUUCGGGACGAUAAUGCAAAGGUUAUCUUGGCCGGAACGGGUUAUGCGGGAGCACUCGGCACCUGGAUGCGUCAACGCUACCCGCACUUGGUGGAUGGAGUUUGGGUUUCCAGUGGACAAGUAGAUGCACGGUUCAACUUCAAGGAGUAUGCCUUCGAAAUCGGUGAAGUGAUCCGAGACUUCGGAUCGGACGAUUGCUACAGCACCAUCUGGCGUGGUUUCCGCACAGGCGAGAAUCUUUUCGACUCGGGACUCUCAAGCACCGUGACCGAUUUAUUCAAUACCUGUUCACCGGUUAAUGAAGAAAAUAUGUUGGAUGUCGAGACAUUCUUCUACAACCUGAAGGAAGGCAUUCAGUCGAUUAUUCUUCAGUCACCGCAAACCACGGAAUCAACGGAAACAUUGUGUCACGAACUGGGGAACAGUACGGCGCAAACGGAUUUGCAUAUACUGGCUGAAUGGAUUGCGGAACGUUAUUACUACUUAGACUGCUUACCGUUCGACUUUGAAACCACCGUCGAGGCCCAUCAGAACAUCGAGAAGACCGCACCAGAGAACAACGUUCUGGGGCUACGUCAACGUGUUUACCAGUUCUGUACCGAGUUCGGAUGGUUCCUAACAGCGGAUUCCGCUGAUCAACCGUUCGGAUACCGCGUAACGAUGAAUUUCUUCCUGAACUUCUGCCGCGCCGUUUAUGGAAGCUGGCUGACGAGUGAGGUAGUCGUGGAAGGUGUUCACUUGACCAAUUUGCAUUUCGGUGGCAAGGAUCCACGAAUCACCAAGGCUCUGUUUACCAACGGUGGGCUGGAUCCGAUUCGAGACAUUUCAGUCACCGAUUACCACCAGUCACAAGCGAACGCGAUCGUCAUUCCGGGAUACUUCAACAGUCCCGAUCUGAACUCGAUCAGUGGGUACAAUUCCCCUCAACUUCUUCAAGCGAAGCACGACAUUCAGAUGUACAUCGAGAGUUGGCUCCAUGAAUCCAUCAUCCCCAUUCAGAGUGACUAGAGAUCCGUUUCGUUGGGAGAUUCCUGUAUCGUGUUAACAACGUGAACAAGGCGUUGGAUUCAAUUCUCACUAAAUCCUACAAAGGUGGAAACAAAUCACAUCAAAAUUACUUCAUGUUACAGCAUAUGUUAUUUUAUAUGGAUAUUAUGAGAUAAAAAAUAUAUUUAAA